GAUGACGAAGAAGAAGCUGCGGUCUGUCUGAUUGGUGUAUGGAGGUUUGGGGAAUGUUCGUUGCUCUUUGCCUUCUGUUUGACAUUUCGUGCACUAACAAUUUGUUUAACUGUGGUUUUCUAACUACUCCAGCAACACUCACACGAUAAAUAUGGCCGAUAAUAUGAUUAUCAGGGUGCAGUCCCCAAAUGGCAUGAAGAAGAUUACUUCUACCAAGAGAGAGACUGCUGCUAUGUUUUUGAAGAAGGUGGCCAAAGAGUUUGGGUUCAGUUCCAACGGGUUUUCAGUUUACCUGAAUCGUAACAAGACUGGAGAAAUCGUUUCUCAGAACAAGACCCUCAGCCUACUCAAGAUUAAGCAUGGAGACAUGUUGUUUCUGUUUCCUGCCGGAUCCUCGGUGUCACCUGGGGAGGUAAUGGACAUGGCCACCCCACACUCAUCUUCAUCACUACCAACCCCCUCUUCUUCUUCUUCAUCUUCAAUUCCUCGUUCCUACUCAAUACCCCAAGUUCAAGAAGAUGAGAUUGAUCAGUAUCUGGCCAAGCAAGAUGGCAAAAUCUACAGGAACAGAGAUCCACAGCUAUGUCGCCAUGGUGCACUUGGGAAAUGUGUACACUGUGUUCCAUUAGAGCCUUUUGAUGAGGACUACCUGAAUCAUCUCGACCCGCCAGUCAAGCACAUGUCAUUCCAUGCAUACCUUCGCAAGCUCACCGGUGGACCUGAUAAAGGGAAGUUUGCAGCCCUAGAGAACAUUAGCUGUAAGAUCAAGUCAGGCUGUGAGGGCCACCCUCCUUGGCCAGAUGGGAUUUGCACAAAGUGCCAACCCAGUGCAAUCACACUGAACCGACAGAAAUAUCGACAUGUGGACAACAUAAUGUUUGAGAACCACACCAUUGCUGACUGCUUCCUGGACUUCUGGAGGAAAACUGGAAGUCAGAGGAUGGGCUAUUUGUAUGGCAGAUACACUGAGCACAAAGACAUCCCUUUGGGCAUCAGAGCUGAGGUGGCUGCCAUUUAUGAACCCCCACAGAACGGCACUCAGAACAGCCUGGAAUUGGUGGAAGACCCCAAAGCUGCCGCUGUGGAUGAAGUUGCAGCCAGACUGGGCCUGUGCAAGGUUGGUUGGAUCUUCACUGAUCUGCUGUCUGAGGAUACCAGGAUAGGCACAGUUCGCUACUCAAGAAACAAGGACACGUACUAUUUAAGUGCAGAAGAAUGCAUCACAGCUGGAAACUUCCAGAAUCAACAACCCAAUCCAUGCAAACUUUCUAGAGACGGUCAUUUUGGCUCUAAAUUUGUGACUGUGGUGGCAACAGGGGGUCCAGAUAACCAGGUGCAUUUUGAGGGUUACCAAGUGUCCAACCAGUGCAUGGCUCUGGUGAGAGAUGAGUGCCUACUCCCUUGCAAAGAUGCCCCAGAGCUGGGUUACGCUAAAGAGUCUAGUACUGAGCAGUAUGUACCCGAUGUCUUCUACAAGGACACAGAUAAAUUUGGAAAUGACAUUACGUUUCUGGCCCGGCCUCUUCCUGUAGAAUACCUUAUUACAGAUAUAACUGCCACAUUUCCAAAGGAUCCGCAGUACACGUUCUCUGCACAACGCUUCCCUAUUGAGAACCGUGACAUCCUGGGAGAGACACAAGAUUUCCACAGUUUAGAGACGUACCUGUCCCAGUGUUCCUCCACAGUGUUUCUGGACAUCAUGUCAGACUUCCAUUUUCUCCUCUUCCUCGUCACCAAUGAAGUCAUGCCUCUCAGAGACAGCAUUGGGCUCCUGCUGGACGCAGUGAAAACUUCCAACGAGGAUCUGGCACAGACUUGGAAAAAGUCGGAGCAGUGGGCCACCAUCGAGCAGCUGUGCGGUACAGUGGGGGGGCAGCCGUCAAGCUCCAUGGGUUACAGCGGCAACGGCGGCCCGUCUGUCCCCGUGUCGUCGUCAGCUAUGUGGUCCUGCGUCCACUGCACCUUCAUGAACCAACCUGGAACAGAGCACUGUGAAAUGUGCAGCCUGCCCCGCAGCUAAAAAAGAAAACAAAAGAAAAAGUCAGUCCAAAUCCUUACCGUGCACAGUCCUCCUGCCCCGCCGCCUCUUACUGCACCAGUGACACACAGCAAC